AUGAGAAGGUUUUUGAGACACGGACAUGAUCCCGUAAGAGAGAGGCUCAAGCGUGACCUUUUCCAGUUUAACAAGACUGUAGAACAUGGAUUUCCCCACCAGCCCAGUGCAUUGGGAUAUAGCCCCUCUCUCCAUCUUAUGGCUAUUGGGACCAGAUCAGGAGCCAUCAAACUAUAUGGAGCUCCUGGGGUGGAGUUUAUGGGUUUACAUGAAGAGAACAAUACCGUCAUGCAGAUACACUUUAUUCCGGGCCAGUGCCAGCUGGUGACACUGCUGGAUGAUAACAGCUUGCAUCUCUGGAGCCUGAAGCAGCGUAGUGGGGCAUCUGAGCUGCAGGAGGAACAACGCUUCACACUACGAGGGCCUCCUGGAUCUCCUCCAAGUGCCACCCAGAUAACCGUUGUCCUUCCACAUUCAUCGCGGGAAGUUCUGUACCUUGGCACUGAGAGUGGCAAUGUCUUUGUGGUAGAGCUCCCAUCCUUCAGACUGUUAGAGGAUAGGACCAUCACCUCUGAGGCAGUGCUGCAGCGGGUGCCAGAAGACUAUCGUAACAGGCGGUCGUUUGAAUUGGUGGAAGCUUUACGGGAGCAUCCCAGGAACCCUGGCCAGAUUCUGAUUGGAUACAGCAGGGGCCUCAUUGUCCUCUGGGACCUGCAUAACAAAAGAGUGUCACACCACUUCCUGGGCAGUCAGCAACUGGAGAACCUCUUUUGGCAGAAGGAUGGCCACCAAAUCAUUAGCUGCCAUUAUGAUGGAAGUUAUGCCCAGUGGCCAGUAUCCAAUGAUAACAGGCAGCCUGAGCCCCUGGAAAGCAAAGUGCCUUAUGGUCCUUUCCCUUGCAAGGCCAUUUCCAAGAUUUAUUGGCAGACGACAAAGAAUGGGCUACCUUACAUUAUAUUCCAAGGAGGGAUGCCCCGGGCUAGCUAUGGUGACCGGCACAGUAUCUCAGUCGUCCAUGGCAGCCAGCAGAUUGCCUUUGACUUUACAUCUCGGGUGAUAGACUUCUUUGUCAUCUGCAAUGCAGAUCGUGCUGCAGAGUUUGAUGACCCCUCUGCUAUGGUGGUGCUAGCCGAAGAAGAGCUGGUGGUAAUAGACCUGAAGAGUGCAGGCUGGCCAGCAGUCCAUCCUCCGUACCUGGCAUCUCUCCACUGCUCAGCCAUCACCUGUUCACACCACGUCUCCAAUAUCCCACUGAAACUGUGGGAGAGGGUGAUCAGCGCUGGGAGCAAGCAGAACUCUCAUUACUCAGAUAUGCCAUGGCCGAUUGAUGGUGGCACCAACCUGGCUCCAGAUCCUCCCCAGAGGGACCUGCUUCUUACAGGGCAUGAAGAUGGCACCGUGCGGUUUUGGGAUGCUUCAGGUGUUUGCUUGCGCCUCCUUUAUAAGCUGAGCACUGUGAGGGUCUUCCUCACAGACGCAGAUCCCAAUGAGAACAUGAAUCCGCUGGGUGAGGAUGAAUGGCCUCCGCUGCGGAAGGUUGGUUCCUUUGACCCUUACAGUGAUGACCCCAGGCUCGGGAUCCAGAAGAUUUACCUGUGUAAAUACAGCGGCUACCUGACCGUAGCUGGUACGGCAGGGCAGAUACUGGUGAUGGAACUGAAUGAUGAAGAGUCAGAGCAUGUUGUGGACCAUGCUGAAGCAGACUUACUACAGGACCAAGAAGGCUAUAAGUGGAAAGGUCACGAGAGGCUAAAGGCCCGAGAUGAGCCUGUCCGAUUUGAACCUGGCUUCCAACCAUUUGUCCUGGUUCAGUGUCAACCACCUGCUGUGGUCACAUCACUGGCCCUUCACUCUGAAUGGAAGCUCGUGGCCUUUGGUACCAGCCAUGGCUUUGGGCUCUUUGAUCACCAGCAGAAACGACUGGUCUUUGUCAAAUGUACGUUGCAUCCCAGUGACCAACUGGCCUUGGAAGGCCCUUUGUCUCGGGUGAAGUCCUUGAAGAAAUCCCUCCGGCAGUCGUUCAGGCGGAUCCGGAGAAGCAGGGUGUCUAGCAGGAAGCGGCGAGCUGGUGGUGGGAUCACUGCGGAGGUGCAAGAGGCGAAUUCCAAGUUUGACCAUGAUGCAUUACAGGAGAUGGAACUGGCUCCAAUCCAGAGGAAGAUCGAAGCGCGGUCCGCAGAAGAUUCCUUCACUGGCUUUGUGCGCACCUUGUACUUCGCAGACACCUUUUUGAGAGACAGUUCUCGCCACUGCCCCUCCUUGUGGGCAGGCACCAAUGGAGGCACAGUCUAUGCAUUCUGUUUGCGUGUUCCGCCAGCGGAGAGAAGGAUGGAUGAGCCUGUCAGAGCAGAGCAGGCCAAGGAAAUUCAGCUGAUGCACAGGGCUCCUGUUGUGGGGAUACUUGUCUUGGAUGGGCACGGCACUCCCCUCCCAGAGCCGCUAGAAGUAGCACAUGACCUUUCUAAAAGUCCUGAUAUGCAAGGCAGCCAUCAACUUCUUGUGGUGUCUGAAGAGCAGUUUAAGGUAUUCACGCUGCCCAAGGUUAGCUCCAAACUGAAGCUCAAGCUGACAGCUCUGGAAGGCUGUAGGGUACGAAAGGUGACAGUCGCUAACUUUGGCAGCUGCAAGACUGAUGAUUAUAGUGAAAAUGACCUGGCCAUCCUCACUAACCUGGGAGACAUUCAGAUCAUCUCUCUGCCCUUCCUCAAGUUGCAGAUCCGCUACCCCUGUAUCCGUAAGGAAGACGUGAGUGGCAUUGCUUCCUGUGUCUUCACCAAAUAUGGCCAAGGUUUUUAUCUGAUUUCACCAUCAGAGUUUGAGAGGUUCUCCCUGUCCACCAAAUGGUUGGUUGAGCCCCGGUGUGUUGUGGAUACACCAGAAAUUACAGGCAACAACUACUUGCACAACAGAUCUGGCAUGGAGAAGGCUACAAGGAAAUCCAGGGAAUCUGGCAGGAGUUCUGGUGACCCCGGAGAAGAUGAUGAGAGGAAAUCUGGGAGGUUGAUGGAACAUGCCUUACUCAAUGAUGAAAAAGUUCUGAAGGAGAUCCAAAGUACCCUGGAGGGGGAGAGAAGGAGCUAUGGAGAGAGAAAUUCAAGAAGAAUUCACGUAGGACAUGGACUAAGUAAUGGAGGAGGUAAGUGA